CUUCAGUUCGGUCGGAAGUUUCGGAAGCGCCACACAUUCGGUCGCACCAUGUUUGUGGCUACGCUGACGCUUCUAGCGCUGGUCGCUUCCGUAGCGUUCUACGUGUACGUGGAACGGUUUAGCAAAAUUCUGAAGCACAGUGGCAAACUUGGAGGUCCCCGUGCUUAUCCACUGAUUGGCAAUGGGUUGCUGUUUGCUGGCAAAACGCCCGCGGAAUUUUUGCAGACCGUAGGACGCCUCAUCCAGCAGUAUGGCAAGUGUUUCCGGAUUUGGCUCGGCACGCAGAUGCUGAUCGUGAUUACGGAACCGAAAGAUGUUGAGGCUAUUUUAAGCAGCAACAAGUACAUUGAUAAAUCGAUCGAGUACGACUUCAUCCGUCCCUGGCUGGGGGAAGGUCUUCUCACCAGCACCGGACGCAAAUGGCACACCCACCGGAAGGUGAUCACGCCGACGUUUCACUUCAAAAUACUGGAACAGUUUGUCGAGAUAUUCGAUCAGCAGAGCAGCACGUUCGUGCAGGUGCUGGCGGCCCAUGCCAAGUCGGGCGACACGUUCGACAUCUUCCGGCCGGUGACGCUGUGCGCGCUGGACGUUAUCUGCGAAACCGCCAUGGGUACGAAGGUCAACGCACAGCUCAACACGGAAUCGGAGUACGUGCAGGCGGUAAAGGACAUCACCAACUUGGUGCAGAUUCGAUUGUUUAACUUUCUGAUACGGUAUGAAAUUUUCUACCGCUUCUCGGCGAACCGUCGCAAGCAGCUGGAAGCGCUUAAGGUGCUGCACGGAUACACGGACAGUGUGAUCAAGAGCCGCCGGGAGGAGUUGAACCGUGCUGCCGGGAGCGGCAAGAACACCGUUGUCGACGAGAACGAGAACGAGCUGGGUAUUAAGAAAAAGAUGGCCUUCCUGGAUAUGUUGCUGCAGUCGAAGAUUGAUGGCCAACCGCUGACUGAUUUGGAGAUCCGCGAAGAGGUCGAUACGUUCAUGUUCGAGGGGCACGAUACGACCACGUCUGCGAUAAGCUUUUUGCUGCAGAAUCUAGCAAAGCAUCCCGCAAUUCAGCAGAAAGUGUUUGAUGAGGUGAGGAACGUGGUGGGCGAUGAUCGUACGCGCCCCGUUACCAUAGCGAUGCUGAACGACAUGCACUAUCUGGAUCUGGUGAUCAAGGAGACGCUUCGGCUGUACCCGUCGGUGCCAAUGUUUGGGCGUAAAAUGAUGGAAGAUGCUGAAAUAAAUGGAAAAGUGUUUCCUGCUGGGUCGAAUACGAUCAUACUGCCGUUCUUCCUUGGUCGCAAUCCCGAGUUCUUCCCAAACCCGGAAAAGUUCGACCCGGAGCGAUUUAACGUGGAAACGUCGGCCGAAAAGACGAACCCCUACCAGUACGUUCCGUUCAGUGCUGGGCCGCGGAACUGUAUCGGGCAGAAGUUUGCGGUGGCUGAAAUUAAGAGUUUGGUGAGCAAACUGUUGCGCAACUAUGAGAUACUGCCGCCGGUGGGCCGGUACGAUGAAACCUUUAUUGCGGAGCUAAUCCUGCGGCCUGAGAAGGGAAUUUAUGUACGAUUGCAGCCACGCGUGUACCCCCAGCAGCAUUCGCAGCAGCAGUCUUUCGUCCCGCAGCAGCAGUCUUUCGUCCCGCAGCAGCAGCCCGAGCUUACCAUGGAUGCUUUGGCGAGCAGCAUUUCCGAGUUUCGGUACGAGGCCGAGUCGGACGUUACGUUUUCCGCCUGGUUUUCACGUUACGACGACCUGUUUAAGCAGGACGCCUCCCGACUCGACGACGCGGCGAAAAUUCUCUAUCUAAUCGUUCAUAUUCUGUACUACUUGAUAACAAGCACAUUCAGUGGGAUAAGAUACAACUUGUACAACCGUACUUCAGCUGAGGUGCUAGUCCUGUUACGGUAUCUAUUUCAUGACUGGUCGCAGAAGAAAUCGGUCACCAUUGCGGGACCGAAGCCGGUUCCAGUGCUGGGCAAUGUGCUGAUGUACGCGGGCAAAAAUCCUUAUGACAUCAUCGACUUCGUAUCGGACCUGCGGAAACGGUACGGCAACUUGUUCCGCGUCUGGAUCGGCAACCGGUUAGCGUUGUUCUGCACCAACGUGAAGUACAACGAGACGGUCCUGAGCAGCCAGAAACUGAUCCGCAAGAGCGAGCUGUACAAAUUCCUCAUCCCAUGGCUGGGCGACGGGCUGCUGCUCAGCACGGGCCAGAAGUGGUUCAGCAAGCGCAAGAUCCUUACUCCCGCCUUUCACUUCAAGAUCCUCGAUCAGUUCAUCGAGGUGUUUCACAAGCAGAGCAGCAUCCUGGCCGACCGGUUGCGGCCGGAAGCGAACGGGCAACUGGUGAACAUCUACCCGUUCGUGACGCUGGCGGCGCUGGACAUCAUCUGCGAAACGGCCAUGGGUACCUCGAUCAAUGCGCAGACUGAUGCUGAUUCGGCGUACGUGAAAGCGAUCACGGAGCUGAGCCUGGUGCUUACGGGCAGGUUCGUGAAGGUGUGGCAGCGUGUUGACUUUCUGUUCAAUCUGUCCCCGGAUAAGCGGCGCCAGGAUCGGAUCAUUAAGGUGCUGCAUGAUUUCACCACGAAGAUCAUACAAUCGCGCCGCCGGGAGUUGAUGGAGCAGGGUGGUGGAACGGUCGAGGAUGAAGAUAUGGCCGAUUUGGGGACGAAGCGUCGGAUGGCCUUUUUGGACGUGUUGCUCCAGGCCACCAUCGAUGGGCGCCCGCUGACGGACAGGGAAAUACAGGAGGAGGUGGACACGUUCAUGUUCGAGGGACACGAUACGACCACGAUUGCCAUAUCGUUCACGUUGCUGCUACUCGCCCGCCAUCCGGAGGUGCAGGAACGGGUGUACCGGGAAGUGGUGGCGAUAGUGGGUAAUGAUCCGGCCACACCGGCGACACACCGGAAUCUGCAGGACAUGAAGUAUCUGGAGCUGGUGAUUAAGGAAUCGCUUCGUCUGUAUCCGCCGGUACCGAUCAUCGCCCGUCGGUUCACCGAGAAUGUCGAGUUGGGAGGAAAAAUAGUACCGGAGGGGUCCAAUUUUAAUAUCGGCAUCAUGCACAUGCACCGCGAUCCUACCUUGUUUCCCGACCCGGAACGGUUUGAUCCUGAACGGUUUGCGCCCGACCGAACGAUGGAGCAGUCGAGCCCGUACGCCUACGUUCCGUUCAGUGCUGGACCACGCAAUUGUAUCGGUCAAAAGUUUGCCAUGCUGGAGCUGAAAAGUACCGUGUCGAAGGUGAUUCGGCACUUUAAACUGACUGCAGCCGGUCCGGAACCAAAGCUAACGAUGCAGCUGACGCUGAAGCCACGAGACGGUCUGUUUAUUGGAUUCGUUCCACGUGGAUAGUGGAUGGUGCUGCAUUUCUACACAUUCGCCGGAUGCAACCGUCUUUCGACAGCCGGAAGAUAAGACGAACAGUGAAACGAGGGAGUUUUUGUACACACAGAUGGUUUGUGUGUGCUUACUUGGGAAGCGAUGUUAGCGCAAGCGUUGUUUUAGUUAUGGGCAUACAAAUAAAUAAUUUGUGAAAAAAA